AAAAAAGAUAGUUAAUCCUAUUAGUAAUAAUGAAUAAAAGCAUUUGUAAUCAAAUACGCAUGCCUGUGCUUUGAAGGUUUGUCCAUAACACAACCCCUGAACCGCAGCGAAAAUUUUCUUUGCUUGGACAGAAAGAAAACGCGAACAUAAGAAGAAGAAAACAAGUAAUACGUGAGGAAAAUACAUACACAUACUGAAAAAGUGGCAUUCAAAUUCAGUUGGAUGAUCGAUUUUUAAGGAAUAGUUCUUAUGGAUUAAACCUGUGGUAUUUAGAAGCAGUGAAAUUGUGCUUAAUUUGUGACCAGACAGCUGCGCCGGCCAGUACAAUCGAUUUUCUCUACCGCGAGCAUUGUGUGCUGUCUGUCGUGUCUGUCUCGCCUAUCUGUCGUCGGUAGACAUAGUGCCUGGAGCGAUUCUGUUUAUUAGUGUGUGCGAGCUAAAUUCCUCAACGAAUGUCAACAGCAAAGAAAGCACGCGGUGAACAAAGCCACAAAAGAGAACCACACAAAAACAUUUUCAAAUUCAACGUUCCUUUAUGCGCUCAGCGUGAAUAACAGACUGAACCAAAAGGAUAAUAGGGCGUUAACAGCAACAGAAGGUGACACUUGGUGCCAAUCAUGGGCAAACGCAUUGCAGCGGAACGCCAACAUUUGACGCCUCCGCACUCCAAUUUACAUUCGACGGCCCGAAGCAUUCGUAAACGGAAGCGCGCUGCUGUAAAAGAAUCUGUGGUCGAGGGUAAACGACAGUGCUUAAGCGGUAAUAGCGACUGGCAUGAGAACGAUGAUGAGGACUCCUCGUCCUCGAGCUCUGCACACGAGGCACCGACUGCUUUGCUUCAAACCCCACAAUGUAUUGUCGGCAAGCAGCUUCAUAGCUCAUUAUUGAUGAGCGCCGCCAAUCUGAACUCUAGUUUCGGAGGUCUUAGUGAUUAUAACAAUUCCAAUGCAACCGAGUCGCCGCGACCCAUUUAUACGUUGCGUCCUUCUGUCGUUAAUGGUACCGUAUUGAGAGACGUACUAUCAAAGCCUUGGCGUUUGGGCAGACCUAUUGGCAAAGGAAAUUUCGGUGAAAUAUUUUUAGCUUCGGACGAUGCCCUCUGUCCCGUUUCUUCCGAGACCGCUAAAUAUGUGGUCAAAAUAGAGCCGCAUUCAAAUGGUCCACUGUUUGUUGAAAUACACUGUUUGAUAAACACCAGUCAAGUGAAAGAUAAUAAAAACAGCACGGAGCAAGUUAUUGACACAACAACCCCCAAAAUUAGCAACACACCGCCUUCCGGCAUUCCCAGCUACAUUGCCUCUGGCACCCACUACUUUGGUGAUGCCAGGUAUCGUUUCUUGGUGCUUCCGCGCUUUGACCGUGACCUACACUCGUUAAUCAAAAACUCGCGCGUGGCUCAGAAAUCUUUGCUACUGCUGGCCAUUCAUAUUAUUAAUGUGUUGGAGCAUUUGCAUGACAAAGGUUACUGCCACAAUGACAUUAAAGCGCAGAAUUUGAUGAUUUCGAAGUGUAAAUACCUCAAGAAGCAGGCGAUUACGUCCAACGGUAAUGACACAAAAACUUAUGACGAUCAUUAUGAAGAAAGACAACAGACCACAGACAGCGGCAACAGUUCCGAACAAGAGGCCAAUGACGACGAUUAUUAUAUCAAGGACGAAAAGUUCGCGCUAAAGCGUGUUGUUGACGAUGAUGACCUGGAGGACGAGGACUUUGACGACGGAGCAACUACAAAUAGCAACAAUAGCAACAGCCUGGACAUGUACCAGACACCAGUGAACAAAAAUAAAAAGCGACGGAACCGCUUGAAUGCAAUUGAGUACAGCGGUUCUAAUCCGGUACGUUCGUGUCGGCGCGAGAAGAGAAACUCAAUGUAUGAAGAGAUGGUAAAGUCACAUUACUUGCGCCCAGCAAAACGUAUUAGCUAUAUAGAAUUCUUCAACGAGGACGGCUUCUCAGUUAAGGCCGAUGCCAAUAGUGAGCAGUCGCCAGUCACCUCAGAGAAUGAAUCGGAAGAAUUUGUUCCGCCCUCGGCACGUCGUUCGGCUGCCGCAUCCCAAAAGAGAUUAGCAAAUUCAGCCUGCGCCAUUUCUACACGUGCAACUCGCCGUCAAGGGAAACUGAUGCGUGUCACGAAUAGAAGCAGCGGCGUCAACGGCAGCCAAAGCAGUAGGAGCAAACGUAGUGGCGCUGCGCUGAGCAACGCCGUAGCAGCAGCAGUGACGCCAACUCAGUAUCAGUAUGUGACCGUCGAAGAAGAGCACAUAUUUCUAAUCGAUUUCGGAUUGGCUUCCAAAUAUCAAGACCACGGUGUGCAUCGCCCUUUCAUUAUGGACCAGCGGCGAGCACAUGAUGGCACCUUGGAGUUUACAUCACGCGAUGCCCAUUUGGGCGCACAUUCGCGUCGCAGCGACCUUGAGUGUUUGGGCUAUAACCUACUUUAUUGGUCGGAGGGCUAUCUACCUUGGAAAGAUGUGGCGCAACAGCAGCAACCGGAAAAAGUACAUCGCGCCAAGGAGCUGUUCAUGACGGACGUGCGCGAAAUGCUGCGCCAGUUUUAUGGAAAGCAGGUUCCUAAGUAUUUGGGUGAAUUUUUGCAGCAAAUCGGUCAGCUCGCUUAUCAGGAAAGGCCAAACUACAAGCGGUAUCGAAACCUAUUUAAGCGAGAGUAUCAGCGCCUAGGCUACGACGUCAAUAACAUGUGCCUCAACAGCGAUGAAAUUUCGCACACUUCCGUUUACGUAAAGGAUGAGGUAGAUGGCAUCAACGCCAAAUGCGACAUAUUCGAGCUGAACAACAAAUUAGCUAUAAACGCAAUGAGAAACUCUACCCUGAGCACUCCCUUUCAAGAGCAUUCAUUUACAAAUCGCGUAUCGCCGAAGAAUCUGCGUUCGAAGUCCGACAAGAAAAGCCUUAAAAAGAAGAAGUUCUCCUGGGCAGAGGUACUUUCGCAGGAUCCUGAUCAGAUUGCACGCGAACGUGCUGUGAAGGAGUUUGAGCGGGAGGAGGUUAUUUGUCCCUUACAGUCACGCCUCCCUCGAAGAUAUGAAGGUAAGCCAACAUAUGCGAUUCUAGCAGUUGAGCAGAGUCGUCGCGACAAGGGACUAGCAGUGCAGGAACACAACGAAGAGGAAGCAGAUGCAGAGGAAGAUGAGCAGGAUCGAGAUUCGGAGGAGGAGGGUGACGAUGUACCUAGUGAUGAUGACCAAACUGAAGAAGAUAAUGAGGAUGAUGAAACCGAUAGCAAUUCACAUUCAGAGGCGGUAACUAGAAAAAAUCGAGGAAGCUCCAGAACCGGUAAACGAAAGCAAAGCCCUACACAACCGGCAUUUUCCACAAAUACAAACCCACGGCCACGCGGCAGACCAGUGGGAUCGACUGCCAAGCUUGCCACCAAAUCUUCUAAGCCGUUAUCAACAGUCGCCAGCAACAACAAACGUGGCUGCGCCACACGCAAAGAUCAUGCUACUUUGGCCUCUGCCACUGGAGAAAUUGAACAACACAAACGGAAUGGUGCCAACUCCACCGCCGAGCUGAAAUCUCGCCGGGAAAAAGGCCAACCACGACAGAGACGAACGCGUCGUUGUCUACAUAAGACUGAAUCACUAAUGAGGGGCGAACAAGAUGUUGAAAACAACUCUAACUUUGAGACGGACAUGAAGAGUUUGUACGGCGUUUGGGCAAAAUACGAUGAUGAGAACAGCUAUGGCAAGGGGCGCCAUGUUAACUCAUCCAGGCAUUGUCGCAAGUGAUACUUUGGUAGCCGCAACAGGUCCCAAUGUAAAAUUGAGCAAACAAACUAUAUUUCAUUACAAACUUAUAUUCAGCGUUUCAAGUAUUUUUAGUAUCCCAUAAGAAAGGUUUAUAAAAGGCAGAAGAAGCUUUUUAAGUCUGGUAUUCUGUUUCCAGGCAACAUCGGUAUGCCCAAAAAAAAAAAAAGAAUUCAAAUAACAACAUAAAGAAAGAAGAAAAGUAAGGAAAACUACUUAUGAAUAUUUACGACAUAGAAUAAAAUAUGAGUUUACUGCUUUUGAUCACUAACGAUUUGUACUUUCUGUUUUUUAAACUUCUAAGGCGCCCUAGUUUUAUAUUUUGUUGUAAUUUUGUUUGAGUUCGAAGCUCAAUGUUACCAUGAAGAGUUGUUAAAGUAGGCAGUCUGGGCGCUGCAGCCCACUGUAAACGAUGUAAGCGUUCGGCUUUUGCUUCUAUUUGCCUUUAUAGUAAAUGUUUGUUUGCUUCAUAUUAUUGAUUUUUAGUUACUCUUUUUAAAAUUUAAUGACCCAUUAUAUGUAAAAGGUACCAUAAACAACAAAGUAUUUAAUAUAAAUAGAUGAAGAUUAAUGCGUAAAUAUAUUAUUUAAGUCUAAGUUA